GGAGACGGAGUGCAGGUCACACAGAGCUCAGUGAUAGUGUCCGUUUCAUUCAAGGCUGUAUGGCCAUUCUUUGCAUUGUGCAUUGGGCUACAGGUCGUCAAACAUGGGGAAUAUGAUGUCAUGUCCAGAGGGGCAUCCAUUGAUGUCCAUCGAUUUCAAGGAAACCUCCUUUAACUGGAUAUGCGAUCGCUGCAAGAAGAGCUUCUCAUCCAAUGAGGGAAGAUGGCGUUGCUGCAGCAAGUGUGACUUCGAUCACUGCACUCCAUGCAUAAAUUGUGAAAUUGACUACAACCCUGAUCAUCCGCAUACAUUGGCCUAUGUCAACUACAAGUGCAAAGAAUGUGGAGAGAGCUCUGAGGGGGACCGGAUGUACUGUCCAACAUGCAAACUCACAUAUGACGCUUGCUAUCCCUGCGCCCUGCUUAAAAUUAUGUCUAAGGAUGCAUCAAGCACCACCGCAGUAAAGUCAAUUCAAGUCGAGUCAACUCCAUUUGCGUCGGGCACCACCCGUGAUGUGUUCAAAGUGGCUGCGACAAUGAAUGAUGGCUCAAAACAAGCUUACGUCUUGAAGGCGUUCAAGCCGAAGUAUUUCAAUGAAAAAUGGGACAUGGGUAUUUUUGUGAAGAUCCACUUGAAAGCUGGCGAACUUGCCGUGCAGUUCAACAAGGAAGUGCAGCUGAAUCAUCCUAUUAUUUUCAAGCAACCAAUUCUCCAUUCAAUGAGCACUACAUUCCAAAGGGAUGGAAAACCUGUAUUUGUGAAGGGAGAAAAGGUGGCACUGGAACCUUUCAUUCAUGGUCACUACGAGAAAUUCACUUCUAAUUCUGGAUACAUCCUCGAAGGAUAUACUGCUCCAGAAGUUUUCAGUCAUUAUACAUGGCACAAGACACGAGAGCUCAUUGUCUGCGAUUUGCAGGGAGUGCGUCAAAUUAAGGGUGACAAGAAUGAUGCAUACUACUUCAGUGACCCAGCUAUCAACUCUUUGAAGCAGAGUUGGGGCCCAACCGACUUGGGAAAGGAUGGGAUUCUAAAUUUCUUCAAGAAGCACAAGUGUACUAAGUUCUGCAUUAAAUGGGCCAAACCUUCUAUUGAUGAUGCUCCCGGAAUUGUGGAAGAAAUUCAAAGAACCACAUAUGCAGCCUCUAGAGCUCCCGACAGAGCAAAGCCCCAACCUGGAAUAGACGUAGAGCUUGCACAACUACUUGCCAAUUUGUUGGCUGUAGCGUCUCCUGGUGUCAGAGGCCCCGUUGAUGACCACACCACGAUGUUACGCGUUGAUGAAAAAACUGCUUAUGCUGUUCCUAGACCUCAGGGGAAAGAGUAGAUUAAGACCGGG